AUGAGUGUCUCUCCAGAUCGUUCCCACAGAAGAAGAAGGGCAUCUUCACGAGAAGAAAGUCCUCAAAGAUCAAAGAAGUCAAGAAGAGAUAACGAUAAGAAUAAAGAAGAUGAAUGGGUUGAACAAGAGAAUAGACCUAAUGAACAGCCGGCCAAGCCUAAAUUGGAAAUGCUGGGAAAAGCUGGCGGAGCGUACAUUCCUCCAGCUAAACUUAGGCUAAUGCAACAGCAGUUGGCUAGUGAUAAGAAUUCAGAGGAAUUUCAACGAGUCAACUAUCAAAGAUUGAAGAAGAAGAUCAACGGAUGUGUUAACAAGGUCAAUAUCUCGAAUAUCGCCAAUGUGGUCACCGAGUUACUUCAGGAGAACGUGAUCAGAGGAAGGUAGGUCAUUAUUUAAUGUUUUUGGUUUUAGGUAGCUCUAUAGUAAUCUGAAUGAUGGAUUAUUAGAUUAUUUUUUGUUAAAGUUAAUACUAAAUUGUUUAAUAUAAUUAAUGAUUUUUCAGAGGGUUAUUGGCUUCAGCUAUCAUCCAAGCUCAGUCAUUUUCUCCUACCUUCUCUAAUGUCUACGCUGCAUUGGUUGCCAUUAUUAAUUCAAAGUUUCCGAACAUUGGUCAGUUGAUAUUGAAGAGAUUGGUGAUUCAAUUCAAACGAGGAUUCAGAAUCAACAACAAGACACUUUGUGUCACUGUGUUGAAGUUCAUCGCCCACUUGACGAAUCAGAGAGUUGCUCAUGAAGUUUUGACCUUGGAGAUAUUGUUUUUGUUGAUGGAACAACCGACUGAUGACUCGAUUGAAUUGGCGAUCACGGUGCUAAAGGAAUGCGGAGAGUUUUUGAGCAAAGCUGCAGCUCAGGGUUUAGACGGUAAGUCAUUCAUAUCUUUAGCAUAAUAAUUUUUAGGAGACAAAUUUUAUAGUUUUAAAAUAAUUUUUUAUUUAACAUUUUCCUAAAAUUUAUUUAUUUCAGCUGUUUUUACUCAACUGCGUCACAUUUUGGAAGAUGCUGACACUAUUAGCACUAGAACUCAGUACAUGAUUGAAAGGUUGAUGUUGGUGAGAAAGGAAAAGUUCAGAGCUUACCCAGCAGUUAUAGAUGAUCUCGAUCUGAUUGAGGAAGACGAUCAAAUCACUCAUUUACUAGAGUUAAUGCCAGAAGAUGAAGACGACAAGCCUUUAGAUCCAGAAACUGGUCUCAACUACUUCAAGCUUGAUCCUGAGUUUGAGAAGAACGAAGAAGCUUACGAAGAGAUUAGAAAAGGAAUCAUUGGAGAUGGAGACGACUCAAGUGAUGAAGAAGAUGAUGAAGGCGAAGAAGCUGAAGCGGAAGAAACUGCUGCCGCGAAGCCCACACAACAGAAGAUCGUGGACAUGACUGACAGCGAUCUUGUAGCCUUUAGAAGAAGUAUAUAUCUGUGUAUCCAAUCUUCUCUUGACUAUCAAGAAGCUGCUCACAAGCUCAUCAAGUUCCACUGGAAGCCGGGACUGGACACUGAGAUGUGCAACAUGAUUGUAGAUUGCUGUGCUCAACAGAGAACGUACGAGGUCUUCUAUGGGUUGCUGUCUGAGAGAUUCUGUAAAUUGAGGUUACAGUUUCAACAGACAUACGAACAGAUUGCCAGAGAUACCUACAAGAUCAUUCACAGGUUUGAGGUCAAGAAGAUCAGAAUCAUGGCCCAGCUGAUUGCUCACUUGCUGGCGACAGAUGCUAUCGACUGGUCGGUACUGAGCGACAUCAAGAUGAACGAGGCAGAAACGACAUCGGCUGGUAGAGUGUAUGUUAAGGUACUCUUCCAAGAGUUGGCCGAGACUAUGGGCCAUGUUAAGCUGUUCCAGAAGUUAUACGAUCCGUAAGUGUGUUUACUGUUAUAUUGUGAUUUGUUUUUUAUAAAUAUUGUUGUAUAAAAAUACUAAUGAAAUUUGUUUUUAGGACACUAAUGCAUCACUUCGAAGGCUUGUUCCCGUUAGAUCAUCCUAAGAACACUCGUUUCGCUAUCAACUUCUUCACUCUAUCUGGACUAGGAGGAUUGACCAUCAGGUUAAGAGAACAGUAUGAGAAGUUACAAAAGAAGUUUAAGAAGGAAGGAAAGACGAACAGCGAUUCAGAAUCGUCUUCUGAUUCUUCAGAUUCCUCUUCAGACUCGGACAGUAGUUCUGAUUCCUCGGAUUCAGACAGUUCCGGUUCUUCGUCAUCAUCCAGUUCAUCAUCUUCAAGCAGCUCGGACAGCGAUGUCUCAAGAAAGGUAUAUUAAUUUAAUUCUUAUCUUUCUUAUUAUUAAGUCUAUUGAUUUAUAAAUGCACUUAGUCUAUAUCUACAGUAGGUCAAUUGCUAACUAACUUUUAAAAGUACAAAUUGGGGCUCGACGGCGUCCCAAGAAUUCUCACAUUUAGAUGUUAAUUCAAUAAUUAUAGUUAAGUUAACUGUAGUAAAACGACAAUAAUGAGAUGCAAUAAUUGUUAUGGAAAAAUUAUACGACGAAAAUUUAAAUACAUUCGUCUACAUUGUUUGUGCUUUAGACACAAUAAUAUAUAUAAAUUUCUAAAUUCAAAAAGCAAGUGAACCACAAAAUAUAGAAAUGUAAAUUAGUAAAUACAAGGGGACACAAGGUCCAGAUUUCAUUUGUAUUUGGCGUUGAUCUAUUAAUUUUGGCACCUUAACGUCUUAUAUUUGGCGUCUACCUUAUCAUAUCUUAAAAUCAAGAAAUAUUGAUUAACAAGAAAAGUCAAAAAUGUAUUUUUAGAAGAAAAAGAAGACAGUGAAGGAAAGAAACAUUGAAAUAAAGAAGGAAAUAAAGGAAGAACCAUUGGACGAGGAUGACAUUGGACAAUUUGAACCUAUCAAGGAACGAAGAUCGGUUGAAAAGUCAAGAAGACGCAGUAAAGAUAGAGGAGACGAACGAAGAAGGAGAAACAGCCAAAGGAGUAAUGGCGACAGGACGAAUAGAAGAAAAGAAAGAAGCGUGAGUCAAGAAGAUAGAAGGAACAGAAGGGGCAGCUCUGAACGUGACGAUGGGAGGAGGAACAGAAGGACAGAAAGAAGCCUAGAACGUGAUGAUGAUAGAAAGAACAUAAGAACUGAAAGAAAACAAGAUAGAAAAAGAAGUGAUAGCCAGUCAAGUGACGAUGGCAGAAGCAAUAGAAGAAGAGAACAAAACCAAAUACGUGACGGUGAUAGGGAGAAUAAAAGAAGGGAAAGAAGCCCAAGCCAGGAAAAUAAUGACGAAAGAAGGAAUAAAAGAUCUGAAGAUGAUAGAAAAAGAAGCCAAGAACGCGAUGAUGAAAGUAAAAUGAGAAGAAGAAAACGAAGCUUAGAAAAUGACGACAAUAGGAGGAAUAGAAGAAAGGAAAGAAGCCCAAACCAAGAAAGUAAUGAUGAUAGAAGGAAUAGAAGAACAGAAAGAAGCAGAAGCAAAGAACGUGACGAUGAAGGAAGAACCAGAAGAAGAGAAAGAAGUCCAGAACGUGACGGUGAAAGAAGGAACAGAAGAAGAGAACGAAGCACAAGUUGA